AUGGAGGCAUUUCAGAAAGCGCAGCCGUCCAUGAAUUGGUUCGAUCGUUUUUGUUUUAUUGCCAAGAUUGAUGACCCAAAGUCACAUUCGCAUAUUGAGAAAAACACCAUCGUGGGCAUGAUAACACUAUCUGCCUUUACAGCCCCGUUUGCUGCUUAUCUUCUUUUCCCCUCCCUUGAUGCUCUCGUCGAUCAUUUCCAUACUACCAGCACGAAAGUAUCGCUUACCACAACGGUCUUUCUACUUGGCGCAGCCGUAGCCCCUCUCUGGUGGAGUUCAUUAAGCCAGCAGUAUGGACGUCGACCAAUUCUGGUAUUCAGCUUCUUAGUGUCGGCCGUGGCAGUCACCAUCUGCGCUGCAUCAAAUUCUCUUCCAUUGAUUAUUGGCCUCCGGUUUCUGGAAGCAGUAGGCUGCUCGUCAGCCCAAAGUGUCGGGGCUGGAGUUAUUAGUGACAUCUACAUCCCAACUGAGCGCGGUGUGGCUUUGGGUUGGUUUUGGAUUGGGACACUCGCAGGAUCGAUAGUCGCUCCUAUCAUUGGCGGUGGUCUUCAGGAGUGGUUUGGCUGGCAAGCAAAUUUAUACUGCUCGGCUAUUCUAACGUUCUCCGCUGUUAUGCUCACCAUUCACUUUGUGCCUGAGACGCUUGUCAAAAUCAGCCCGACAGACAAGAACGAAAAUGGCUUGAACAUACAAUCAGUGGCGACCAGAGUAAUGUGCGAUGCACGAGCUCCAUUGCAAGGCUUGAAGUACUUUAUGAACCCAUCGAUCUUGUUUUGCAUGUCAUAUGUUAGCAUAUGCUUUUCUAGUUUAUAUUGUAUCACUUCCACCCUCCCAUAUGCCUACUCCGAGCCUCCUUACAACUUCUCAUCUAUCCAAGUUGGUCUUUGCUACAUAAGCAGCUGUCUUGGCUAUGCAAUCGGCACUUUCUUUGGUGGUAGCCUCAGUGAUCAUAAGCUACGACAAUACCAGGUUACUCACAAUGGCAUAACAAAUCCUCUAGUACGUCUCACCAUAGUUUGGUAUGGUGCACCCUUUAUGCCAGUUGGCUUGAUUCUCUACGGCUGGUUGAUUGAAGCAAAAACCCACUGGGCAGCUCCACUUGUGGGAGUGUUUCUCUUCAGCCUCGGUUUGAUGCUUAUCACUUCAACGGUUACGCCCUAUUUGGUAGAUGUUGUGCCUGGUGCAGGAGCCUCGAUUGUGGCUGACUUGAAUCUGAUGCGGAAUAUUCUUGCCGCUGUUGGAUGUGUUGUAUCUCCAGUAGCCGCUGAGCGUAUUGGUUCCGGAUGGUUAAUGACUAUUCUAGCCAUUUUGUGCGCGUUAGGAGUCGGCUUUGUGGCAAUUGUUGUUUGGCAAGGUGAAAAUUGGAAGAUAAACGAAACUCGUGAAGAUAUUGUAUGA